AUGUUGGAGGCGUGUGAAUUCGAGAAUCAGGAAGCAGCAUUAGCCUCAAACUUAGAAGACAACUGUAGAGUCCAUACUCCCGUUUGGGCGGAGACCUAUAGUCUGAGUGUUGGUCUUAGAAUGUCUGGUGAAUCUGCAAAUCGUUCUCUUACUACUACUUGCACAGUAUCCUCCAAAGGAGACUCCAAGUACGUGAAAUUGAAUGUUGGGGGUACACUUCAUCUGACUACAAUCGACACACUGUGUAAGCAGGACACCAUGCUGCGAGCCAUGUUUAGUGGCCGGAUGGAUGUACUUCACGACAAGGAAGGAUGGGUGCUGAUUGACAGAUGUGGCAAGCACUUUGACACUGUCCUGUCUUUCCUGCGGGAUGGCUCUAUCACACUGCCAGAUUCCCGACGCGAGCUUGAUGAGCUACUUCAGGAGGCCAAGUACUACUGUGUCCAGGAACUGGUUCGUCAAGUGGAAGUAGCGUUGAACACACAUGACCCAGAGCCCAUCUGUCAAGUUCCCCUGAUCACAUCAUCCCGGGAAGAGCAGAUCCUUGUGUCCACAACUGCAAAGCCUAUCGUGAAACUCAUCUGCAAUCGGCACAACAACAAAUAUUCAUAUACAAGCAUGUCAGAUGACAACCUCUUGAAGAACAUGGAACUCUUUGACAAGCUGUGUUUGCGAUUCAACGGGCGGGUGCUCUUUAUCAAAGAUGUCAUUGGCAGCAAUGAGAUUUGCUGCUGGUCCUUCUAUGGACACGGACAGAAGAUUGGAGAAGUCUGUUGUACGUCCAUUGUGUAUGGCACGGACAAGAAGCAUACCAAGGUUGAAUUCCCAGAAGCGAGAAUUUUUGAAGAGACCCUCAACGUGUUGCUGUACGAACAUCGUGGGAAAGGCCCUGACGCAGAACUCCUGCAGGCAACACGGGGCUACCGAGAGCGUGGCAACGGUUACCACAGUGACGACGAAGAGGACAAGCUGGACAGAGCCAUGCGUAGGAAAUGA